AUGAAGGAAGAUGAGAUGAUCAUAGAAGUGAAGAAUAAAGAAAGGUCAGAGAUAGUUAGAGACAGCGAGGGAGGGCGGCAUACGACAAUGACAAACUUCAUCAUCUUCUUCCACUGCCUAGCGGUCCAGGAGAUUCAUGAUAAGAUUAUUCGUUUUGAAGAGUUUGAAUUACAAAUGGGGAAAGAACGGCAACAACUCCAACAAAUGCAGAAUCUUCUGUGGAUUCAGAAGCUUAAGAUUGGGAAGGCCGGUAUCACAGAGGGGAUCGUUAAUGGAAUCCAUGAGAGGUGGAGAAGGAUUGAGCUCGUAAAGAUUAUCUAUAAUGGUGUUCAAACAAGAACAACAACUAAGCCAGAGCCACCUUUGAUUCAAGGGUGGGUUCAAGAACCAGGGUUCGAUUUCAACUACCUGGUGAGAAACAGCUCAUGGAAGAAUCCGAUUAGUUUUUUGCAAGGAUUGGGUCUAAGGAAACCCUUCAGGCUUCUCCCCUUUGGAUUUCAACCAAAGUUAACGAAUGAUGAGAUGACAAUUCUUAGAAGACUUGGAAGGCCUUUACCAUGUCUUUUUUCUUUAGGUAGAAAUAGGAAACAUCACAGAUUGGCUACAGCUAUUCUAAAGCUUUGGGAUAAAUGUGAGAUUGCAAAGAUUGCUGCUAAGAAAGGAGUACAGAAUACUAAUAGUGAGUUAAUGGCUAAAGAAUUGGACUAUACAAAUCCUAUGCUUCCUGUUGCAUCUUCAGCAACAGAUGCUACUGGUCAAUUUAGUUUAGGUUUAGAUGGAAAGAAGAUUGAAUAUGAGGGUAAUGUUCUUCUUGCUUCUAUUGAAAACAUGCAGGUAUUUUCUACUUUUGGGCUUGUUUUAAAGAUAGAAAUGUUUGACAAAGAUGGUGGAGUUCAAGCUCUAAUUCAAUACCCUAGUGAGAGUUAA